AUGCGGCUGCCGGCGGAGGUGCGGGAGCGGGUGGCGGCGGUGCAUGGCGGCGCGGCGCUGCCCGAGCGCCUGCGGCUGUACGACGGCUGGGCCGCCCGCUACGAGCAGGAUGUGGCGGCGUUGGAGUACCGGGCACCGCACCUGGCCGCCGCGUCGCUCGCCUUCGCCUUCCCCGCGCCGCCCGCCGGGGCGCGGUUGCUCGACGUGGCCUGUGGCACCGGGCUCGUAGCGCGGGAGCUCCACCGCCGCGGCUUCCGCUGCCUGCACGGCGUGGACGGCAGCGCGGGGAUGCUGGAGCGGGCGCGGAGCACCGGUCUCUACCGGCAGCUGCGGCGGUGCGUCCUGGGCCGGGAGCCGCUGCCCGCGCCCGCAGAGCACUACGACGCCGUGACGGUGGUGGGGGCCCUGGGCGAGGGGCAGGUGCCGAGCGCGGCCGUCCCGGAGCUGCUGCGUGUCACCAAGCCCGGAGGAUUCCUCUGCCUGACGACGAGGAGCAACCCCUCCAACCUGCAGUACAAGGCGGAGCUGGAGGCAGCGCUGGAGAGGCUGGAGAAGCAGGGAGCCUGGCAGAAGGUGCUGGCCCAGGAGGUAGAGCGCUGGGAGAGGGCCACCUCCGAGGAGGAGAGCACCCAGGGCACCGACUACAUCUCCGGGGUGAUCUACGUCUAUCGGAAAUGCCCUGUCCCCCCCAUCGAGGAGGGCUGAGAGCCGACGCAGCUCUGGGGAGGGCGGGGUGAGCACUUGGCCCCUUGUAAAACCCAGCCCAGUGACCCCCUCCUGGAGCAGAGCGGCUGCUGGGGGGUGACGAGGUUUUUGGGGAGCAUUGAGAGCCAAAACAUCCCCGUUCCCUUCUCCGGCUCCUUCCCUCUGAGGGCCGGGCCCUGGGGGACGUUGUCCGCUCCUCAGCGUGGGGAGGGUCUCCCGGUUUCACCAGGGUCUCCCGGGCACCAGCGUUAGCUGUGACAUUCUGGUACCGUCCAUGACACCUCGGUCCUCACCAAGACAGACCCACCUGGCUCUUUACAGCCAUCUCCUGUCUGGGAUGUCUUCUCCCCACCAUGCUCACCUCUCAGCCCUCAGUCAAAAUCUGGAUCGUUCUUCCUCUUUCCCACCCCGUGAUCUUUACCUGGGCACCGUUGGAGGUGGAUCCCCAUUGCUAUGUCCUGUGGUCCCCCUCCUCAUCCUUCCCAGGAGCACUCCCACAUGGCAAUGGUCAAAAUCUAGAUCCAUCUUCAUCUUCCCUACCCCAGACCCUCAUGGUCUUUACCUGGGGACCAUUGGAGGUGGGUCCCCAUCACCAUGUCCUGCAGUCUCACAUCCUCGUCCUUCCCAGGAGCUAACCCAGUGCACCCUGAGGCGCAGGAGACAUCUGCGUCCCAACCGGGAGCAGUUGUGCCAAGGUGACAGCCAGACGGAGAAGCUUUCCAAGCACUACAUCAGCUUUCAUCCCGCAACAGCUGCUUAAGUCUCUCAUUUUCCUACAGCUUUGUAGUUAAUGGUCUGGGUGGGAAAUGAGACUGGAAGGGACUUCAGGAGCUGGUGGCCGCUCCCUACCCAGGAGCCGCCCGGCAUCGCCUGCCCAGCCUGUUCCCCAAGCCCCUUUGCCAUUCUGCCUCCACGCCUCUUCCUCCACUGCUCCCUUGGGAAGUUUUUUACCCAAAUCUCUUGCUGGGAUAUUUCUUUUUUUUCCUUUUCUCCUCCCCUAGACCUGUUCCUGCUCAUCCCAUUCCCAUGGCCCUGGGGAGCGGAUUACUUCCUUCCCCUCAGGAGCUCUUCCCUGGUGGGAAGCGGUGGCUGUGUCUGUCCCUGUCCCCCACCCAGGACGUCCCGCAUCUCCCACACUCGCCCUCCCUGUGGCUCUUGUCACCCCUCU